CAGAAAGAACAUAGGAAAGGAUCCUGGAAUCCAAAAUGUUCAUCGGUCCACCAACAUACCGGAUAUGGAUCCGAACAAGCACAACACACCACCACUGCACCUGUGGUCGGCCGUAUUUAACGUCGCUGGUGAGGUUUAUCUUGCUGCAAAUUAUCCAGCAUCUUCCACCUCGCAGAAAGCAGGGAAACUCGUAACAUUUUACAAAUUUAAUUGAUGCGCGGACGAUGGCCACGAUGAGUUGGAACUUUAUUUUUGUAAACAAAGCGAGCCCCGAAUAGCAACUCUUCUGUCAAGCACACUGCCCUAAAGGUAGAUGCUGUAAUCGUGUGUGCGCGCAUUUUCAUGUUCUUUUCCUGGUUCUACGGACGCACACCAUCCCAUACUAAGUGUACCGGAGCAUCUGGUUUUGCGUGUUCACGUCUUUUUCUUGCUUUCACCCAUUCCCAUCCACGCGAGCUCAGGCCUCGGCUGAAGGCGCGGCUGAAGUUUCAGCCAAUAGCACGAAAUUCUCGCACGUCAAUUUAGGGCUGUCUUAAUUUGAUUAUGAAGUGUUUGCUGAAGCUUACUGAACACAAUAAGCACUGAAGUCCGUAGGGGGCAGAUUCGCUUCACAACUUACCUCCAGUAUUAGGGUUGCCUUUAAUCAUGUUAAUUUCCGUGUCGAGUGCCGUUCAACCCUUAUAUUCUAUUGUCGCUUAAUAUAAAUAGAGUAAAAAACCCGGUUAAUAGAGCAGUCGGUAACGCUCGUCGCUGUAACGCAGCUGGCCUGGGUUCGAAUCCCGGGACCGGCUGUCACACAGCCGGCCAUGGUUUCGAUUCCCGAUACAGGCGUGACAGGGGGGUUGGCGCGUGGCCAACAACCCCGCCGGUAAAAACGAACCGUUACAGAGAGCAUCCAGAGAUUAACAUGGUCUCUAGUGCAGGAUAAGACCGCUCAGCGGUUGUUCCCGAAGAAGAAAAAGAAAUAAUUAACAGUAAAACGAAGACAAAAUCAUUAUCUUGCUAUUUGUAUAAAAACCGAGUCGAAAAAACACAUCGGCUUACACAAUAAAUCGGUUUUUGGUUUUCGUGAACGAAGCUAUUCACGGGUGCAGUUACAAUGACUGUAAAUUCCGUCUUCCGACGUGUGAUACAGACAUCUGAUAAAAUAUACAGGAAAAUAUAAAACGUUGUAACUUUAAUUUAUUCAUAAAAAUCAAUUAAGUACAAUGUUUUUUUAAUAAUAACAUACUGUUUCGCAUAACCUUAAGAACAGUAGUAGUACGUAUCUUGUGUUAGGUAUCCUAGUCGUUGAUUCAGUUGCGUGUGUAAAGGUGACAAAACUAUUAUUUAUGGUUGUAUGUUGUGAGAUGCUAACAUUUCUUUUCCUAAGCGUCUUUAAGCGUGUGUUUGUUUAAUUGUUUCUUGAUUUGGGACUGUAUAUGUGCAUAGGAUUAGUCGUAACCAGAAGUACCAAACACUGCUUACACCAUGGAGAGUCCCAGCACCGGGGGUCGUCGUCGUAGUUAUUCACGAGUCAAUGCAGAGGACCAAGCACUGGAUCAAAUAGCUAAAGAGGCUGAAGCUCGUUUAGCAGCACGCCGGCAAGCCCGCGCUGAGGCUCGUGAAAUUCGUAUGCGCGAGCUAGAGCGACAACAAAAGGAACAGGAGCAAAAUGCGGAUCGCGUAUUUGAUUUACAGCAACAAUCAGUUAAUUUAUCGGAGACGGCGAACAUUAACAUGACGUUACGUACGGGUCGGCUGGCAGUACAAACAGCAACAGCUCGUGGAAGUGCAUUUUCGUCUCGCCGCAGUAGUGAGGACUCACUCGAGGAAGAGGGCCGUAGUUUGCGUGAUUUGCGGCAUGAGCUAAAGAACGUAGAGGAACGGUUCCGGAAAGCGAUGAUUGCUAACGCGCAGUUGGACAACGAGCGGUCGUCGCUCAACUAUCAGAUACAGUUGCUUAAGGAUAAAUUGGAGGAGAUGGAAGAAUUGCAAGCGCAGCUACAGCGAGAGUAUCGCGACAAGUGCCGGGAUCGUGAAGCUCUUAAGAGGAUCAACGAUAAAUUAAUCGAGGAGUUGAAACUCAUUAAAGGGCAGCUUUACGAUCGCGACUCACUAAUUGAGCAGCACGGUCUGGUUAUAGUGACGGUGGAGAAUGACGAUGGAAGUGAUGCUAAUCGCGCUCUAGUCACAGCAGAGAACGCACAGUUGCUUAAGUCAGUACCCGGUUCGUUAGAUAUUAGGCUUAAGAAAUUUGGAGAAGAGAAACAGGAACUACAAAUUGAGGUACAAUCGUUGCAACAACAGCUCAAUGACAUUAAAAACAAAGGACGCCGAAAUAUCGUCAUUAACGGUGCAAGCGAUGAUGACUACGAGGAUGCACAACGUGAAGCAAGUAAACUGGUUACUGAGUAUAAAUAUAAGCUUCAAAAAGCAGAACAGGAGAUCGCGAAUUUGCAAGCCGGUCUUGCCAGAUCAGAGUCACAAGUUAUUCGCUACAAAAGCACAGCUGAGGCGGCAGAAAAAGCAGAGAACGAUCUUAAGAUUGAGCGCAGAAAGUUGCAACGCGAGAACCGUGAAGCUAUGGACCGAUUGGAAGAACUGGAAACGUCCAACAACCACCUGUUAAAGCGACUAGAUAAGUUAAAAAAUGCUAAGAGUGCUUUGCUAAAGGAUCUAUGAUGAAACACUAAUAACAAAUGUUUUGCAGCCAACUAAAUAAAUAAAAUUAGCUGAAUACAGCUGUCAUUUCUUAGGGAAGAUGCACACAUAAAGGAAAGGUAAAAAGUAGACAGACAUUCAAGACAUUUACUAUAGUUCUUUAGCAGUAACAUUAAUACUCUUUGCAAGUGCAGUCGUUUAUUUUUCAAAACGGAAACAACUGCGACAAUAGCAAAAGAUGAUAAGUAAGUUGUUUGCUUUUUACGUCUUUUACCGAUUCACAAAUAGUAUAAAGUUUUGUGCCCAACUGAUUCUUUGUGUUCUAUGAUUAUAGGAAGUCCCAGUAAAGCUAUUGUUUUCAAUGUACUACCAUACUGGAAUAGCAAUUUUAUAUUUUUUAUUACACGUUACCUUAAAAAUACAGGUAAUCUAGUCUAUCUGACUCUAUUUGGUUAAAAGUGCCUAUUAAUUUUCAUUUGUUACAUUCAUAAUUGUCGAGCGCAACUCUCUACCGAUACGUCCGAUAGCAAUACCACUGUAUUUUUUAAAUUUAAUAAAAAAGAU